CUAUUUUUGUUGUUUUUGUUGUUUAUACAAGCAUAUGCUCAAACAUCCAUACAUUUCCAUUUUGUGUAAACCUUGAUCCCUUCAAUAACGCAUGGGAUUAAUAAUAUUCAAUUUAUAGAAUGAUUAUUUGGUCUUAGAAUGUGUGACAAAAUCAAGCUAGCUAGGCUACAGGUGUCAUUUAAAAAACAAAAAAAAAAAAAAAAGAGGAGAUCUGUUUAAUCAAUGAUCCAUAUCGAUUAUAGAGAAAAAUAUAUUUUUUUUCUUAUAUAAUGCACAAUUUAAUAUGCUGCCACUGUCAUCUUCUAUCUAUGCAACCUCUUUGCAAUAAUCUCCCACCAUAAAAAGGCCACAAGCCUUUGCAUCCAUUGUGCCACACUCUCGCCCUCUUUACAUAUAUAGUUGACAAACAUUUUUGGCCUGAACCAGAACAAGAAAAUUAGUGUCGUUAACUAGUACAAUGAGGGAUAGUACUACCCUCCCAGAUACACAAGGAAAAAUCACCCUCCCAGAUGCAUGGGACUACAAAGGCCGCCCAGCCGAGCGGUCAAAAACUGGCGGCUGGACGGCGGCCACCAUGAUUCUAGGUGGAGAGGCAUGUGAGAGGCUAACAACGCUAGGAAUUGCUGUGAACUUGGUGACUUAUUUGACGGGCACCAUGCACUUGGGCAGUGCUACCUCGGCCAAUACCGUCACCAACUUUCUUGGAACUUCCUUUAUGCUCUGCUUGCUCGGCGGUUUUGUGGCAGACACCUUUCUUGGCAGGUACCUGACAAUAGCAAUAUUUGCCACCAUCCAAGCAAUGGGUGUGACAAUAUUGACCAUCUCAACCACAGUCCCCAGCCUCCAACCCCCCAAAUGCACCGCUGGAACCGGCUCGCAGUGCCUCCCGGCCAGUGGAAAGCAGCUGACGGUCCUCUACACAGCCCUCUACCUCACCGCCCUCGGCACCGGAGGCCUAAAAUCGAGCGUUUCAGGGUUCGGCUCUGACCAGUUCGACGAAUCGGACAAACAAGAAAGAAAACAAAUGACGAACUUUUUUAACUGGUUCUUCUUCUUCAUAAGCAUAGGCUCACUCGCUGCAGUUACAGUUCUUGUUUACAUCCAAGACAACUUGGGGAGGCAAUGGGGAUAUGGAAUCUGUGUCUGUGCAAUUGUGCUCGGCCUCAUUGUGUUCUUGUCAGGCACACGACGGUACCGUUUCAAGAAACUUGUGGGCAGCCCUCUGACGCAAAUUGCAGUAGUGUUUGUGAACGCGUGGAAGAAGAGGAAUUUGGAACUGCCGUUGGACUUGACUUUGUUGUACAACGUUGGUGACAUAGAUGAUGGACUAACGGAGAAGAAGAAGCAAAUGUUGCCUCAUAGCAAGCAGUUCCGUUUCUUGGAUAAGGCAGCAAUCAAGGAACCAAACAUAGAAGGUGGUAAAACCACGAUCGGAAACAAAUGGAGUUUAUCAACCCUAACCGAUGUUGAAGAAGUAAAAUUGGUCAUCAGAAUGUUACCAAUCUGGGCCACUAACAUAAUUUUUUGGACAGUUUAUGCCCAAAUGACCACAUUCUCAGUGUCCCAAGCAACCUCCAUGGACCGCCACAUCGGAAAAUCGUCCCAAAUCCCGCCGGCAUCCCUCACUGCUUUCUUUGUAGGCAGCAUUUUAUUAACUGUCCCAGUUUACGACCGGAUUAUAGUCCCAGUUGCAAGAAAAGUACUAAACAACCCUCAAGGACUAACCCCAUUGCAACGCAUAGGGGUUGGUUUGGUCUUCUCAACAUUUGCCAUGGUAGCAGCAGCACUCACAGAAGUGAAGCGUCUGAACGCCGCAAGAUCACAUGGGUUGACAGGCAAUCCAACGGCUGAGAUCCCACUGAGUGUUUUCUGGCUCGUCCCACAGUUCUUCUUUGUGGGGGCAGGAGAAGCCUUCACGUACAUUGGGCAGCUGGACUUCUUCCUUAGGGAGUGCCCGAAAGGAAUGAAAACAAUGAGCACAGGGCUGUUUCUGAGCACCCUCUCGUUAGGGUUUUUCGUGAGCUCACUGUUGGUGAGUAUAGUGCACAAUGUGACAGGGGACACGAACCCAUGGCUGGCAGACAAUCUCAACCAAGGAAAGCUUUAUGAUUUCUAUUGGCUAUUGGCACUUCUGAGUGCUUUGAAUUUGGUUGUCUAUUUGUUUUGUGCCAAUUGGUAUGUCUACAAGGACAAAAGACUUGCUGAGGAGGGCAUAGAAUUGGAGGAAGUAGAGAUUUGUGUCCAUUAAUAUGGUAUAUUUUUCAAUUUACUUCCCUAUCUUGUGUUCUUUGUUUUGUUACAUAAGCUUGUAACUAAUCUUGUAUGCAUAAAAGAUAAAGAAAUGAAGAAUCAUUAAAGCUCGUUAAUCA